AUGAAUACAUCUACAGCAACCUUCAGCUCUCCUGAAGUCUCUACAAACUCCACAACUCCGUUAUUCGAACUCAUUGACUAUCUGGAAACCACUGUGUACAGUAUCAAUUUAUUGUUUAGCUUACCUUUACACUGCUAUAUCAUAUGGCACAUUGUCACACAAACAGUAAAUGGAGCUGCAUCAGAGUUCUUUAACCUCAACCUGUCUGUUUGUGAGAUUGGUAUUUGUAUGAAUAGCUUCUUCUUCAUACUGUCAAAGUGGUUUUCAAGUUGUGAGGCAUUGGAUCGCUUUUUUAUGGGACUUACAUUCACCGGUCGUCCUCUGUUCCAGUGUCUGAUGUGUGUUGAGCGUUACCUGGCAGUGGUUCAUCCUGUAACCUUUCUGAAGUACAAACCUCUCAGAUAUAGAGCGAUCUGCUGUGCUGCAGCCUGGAUGAUCGCUCUCGGUUCUUGCGCACUCUGCUUAUAUACUUUAACCUUAAACAAAACUCAUGAACAUGCAUGGUUUUCAUCAGUGGAGCUCACACUGAUCAUCUCAAUCCAGUUGUUUUGUCUUGUGGCUGUUCUCAAAGCUCUGAAGCAGUCAGGACCAGGAGAGAGAAAGAGAGAGAAAGAGGAAAACCUCAUGAAGAGAAGAGCGUUUCAUCUCAUUCUGAUAACUACUGUGAACAUGAUUGUCCUAUAUUUCCCAUUUGCGGUCACAUCAGUCUCUAUCAUUCUGACAGGAAAGAGUACUCCGACAGUUUGGAUCACUGGCCUAAGUUGUUUUCUUCUGGCUGGUUUUGUGCAGCCUUUUCUUUAUCUGCGCCGUGCUGGAAAACUUUUCAUCUGUUCCUCAUGA